CAGUCGCCACACAGUCAGUUGUGAAUUGAACCACUGAGGCAACCAAAAAUUGCAGUUCAACGGAUUUAACCACAUUUGAAGAAGAAGAAGUGAAUAACAAUCGCUUAAAAUGAAAUUCCUCGCUUUGACAUUGUUGGUGUGUUUGCUAAUGGUUGCGCUGGUAGCAGCGGCACCCGCUGAAGAAUCCCUACCAGGUGAUAUUUACGAACAGGAGGAGCAAGGGCGGCAAAACUUCUUCAAACUGAAGAAGAUCAAGAAGUUGCUUUUGGGUUAACCAAAAAACAUUUACAUAUAUGCAGCAUAUAUGUAGCAUGUGCUUAAAUUUUUAUAUUCGUUUUUAUCACUUGAAUGUGUUCAUAGUUAUUUUUACAAUUCGUUUUUUUUUUUAUUAUAUUUUGUUGAAUUUGUUUAGCAACUAAUUUUCAUACUUAGACGCUGUUAAAGACCGCAUAAGCUCAUCUUUUUAUUUGUACAACAUAAGGAAAUUAUUUUUGUAAAUAUUCCACAUACAUACAACUAUAGUUCUGUAAAUAUUGAUUUUCAAUAAAUAUAACAAAAAUGGAAAAAACAAAUUUUGACAAACAAUUAAAGUGAAGGUGUUAAAUUCAAGCCAAAAAGCGCUUAAGCGGAUAUUUGUAUAUUCGUGCYAAACAGGUUUAUUAAGAAUAAAACUUUUCAAUUUAA